AUGGGGGAUGUUGGGUUCCGAUUCAAGGUUCUUUGGCUUCUUGAGCGUAAGGCUUUUGGGGAAAAGAUCUCAAAGUACACAAACAGCGUUCUUGAAAAGGAGUUGUAUGGUCGUGAGGCCAGCAAGGAACCCUGGAACGUUUUCUCUGAUGUUCCGGAUCAGAUGUGGGAGCUUUACGACGAAUCGGCAGGUAAGAACAGCCAUAUGAGAAGGGUUGUUUACGUUGUAACUAGAUUGUCUCAGAUGAGCCCAAAGAAGAUCGGUAGAUCGGCCGGUUGCGGAACGUGGAACGGGGAGACUACCAACAAACCGGUCCUGGAAGGUGGCAGAGUUAUAGGGUAUCAUAAGCAGUUGACUUACACGGUGAAAUCAAAGGCGGCAAACAGAGGAUCUUGGUACAUGCACGAGUAUUCUUUGUCGGAGCAAGUUUUGAAACAACCAGGGAUUAAGAGCACCGAUUUCGUCAUCUGUCGCAUAGUUAGGGAUGACUCAAAAGUUUUUAAGGUUAAGGAUUCAUCCUCCAAGACUACUGCUUGUUCAACAAGUAAUAAUGAGGCGGGUAGCCGGAAGCGUAAGGAUUGUUGUGGAGACGUGACAAAUAUUCAUAAUCAAGAUGAUUAUUCAUCAGGAGAAAUCAUGGGAUCAUCAUCAGCAGCUGGAUUUCCAGAUCCGCAAGGAGGAGGAGGAGGAGUAACGUUCCAAAACAAUUGUUAUUACAACUUCCCCAACACUAGUACUAGUACUGCUACGACGGUUGAUGAAAUCAUGCCAUAUUCGGGUUAUAAUCAAGACGCGGAUCCACAAGUAGUUCAUCAGUCGGAAGAAGAAGUUCCGUUUCAAAAUAAUUGCGUGGAUCCAGAAGUAGUUCAUCAGCCGGAAGAAGGAGUUCCGUCCCAAAAUAAUUGUUACGAUAACUUUUGCAACAAUAGUACUAGUACUACUACUGUUGAUGAAAGCAUGUUGUCGUAUUCAGAUUAUAAUCAAGGAGGUGCUGAUCCAGAAGUAGUUCAUCAGCCAGAAGAAGGAGUUCUGAUCCAAACUUAUUAUUACGAUAACUUUUGCAACAAUAGUACUAGUACUACUACUUUUGAUGAAAGCAUGUUGUCAUAUUCGGAAUAUAAUCAAGGAGGUGCUGAUCCAGAAGUAGUUCAUCAACCAGAAGAAGGAAGUCAACAAUAUUCAUGGGAUGGAGCUAUAAGUAGUUCUAUUAUUAACAUUUGUGAUGAUUCGCCACCACGGACUGAUACUUAUCAGGAAGAGCUUAGUAGAGUUUCACAAGAAAUUGAUGAGACGUUUGGCUCAUAUUUCGCUGCCGAGGAAGCUGCCAAAAUGAUGCCGGCAUGGUUUGAUAACACCCAUGACUUUUUCCAAACGGAGAAGCAGCAACAACAGAUGCCUUGUGGCCUUAGUUUAUGGAAUGACUGA